AUGUGUUCUACUAAAAUACAAGAAAAUGAACUUAAUCACUUCUUAUUUAUUCACAGAUAUCUUGAUUUCUAUUUGCGAAGGUUUUUGUUAUCCGCUGAUAAGUUUUUUAUGAUUGACCAGAAAGUCAUAAUUUAUGUCAUGGUAGAUAACUUCUCCAAGAUGCCUUGGAUACCUCUGAAUCCCCUCCGUACAUUCAAAGUUUUUGAAAUUGAGAAAGAGAAGAGAUGGCAAGAUAUCAGUAUGAUGCGCAUGAAGACCAUUGGUGAACACAUUGUCAAUCACAUCCAAUAUGAAGUUGACUUCCUCUUCUGUAUGGACGUGGACCAAAUAUUUAAAACAAAAUAUGGAUUGGAGACUCUGGGAGAGUCAGUAGCUCAGUUACAUACUUAUUGGUAUCAGGCAACUCCUAUGAUGUUACCUUAUGAGAGAAAUCAGUUAUCAGAAGCUUAUAUACCUAUGGGUAAGGGGGAUUUUUAUUACCAUGCUGCUGUUUUUGGUGGCACUCCCAUUCAGGUUCUCAAUAUUGCCAGGGAAUGCACCAAAGGAAUCAUGAAUGACAAGAAAAAUAACAUUGAAGCAGUGUGGCAUGAUGAAAGCCACUUAAACAAGUAUUUCUUUCUGCAUAAACCCACUAAAAUCUUAUCACCAGAAUAUUGCUGGGAUUUCCGUGUUAAAUGGAAUUCUGAUAUCAGAACUGUCAAACUCUCUUGGGAUUUUAAGAAUUACGAACUUCUUAGGGUGAAGGCUUAA